AUGCAGCAGCUCAGCCUCGGGCAGACAGCGAGACUGAACUAUGAUCUCUUGCUCAGAGGUCUGUCGGAUGCAUCACAGUACCGCAAGACGAUCAAGAAUGUCCAAAGCCAUCCGGUCAUUCAGUCCAACCUCAUAAAGAGCACCGUGUUGCAGCUGCUCGUGCUCGGAUCCGUGCUCCUCUUCGAUAGCGUUCUCGUACCUACGCUGUUUUCAGAAGCAUCAUACACGUCCUUCAACGGUAUCGGAUCCACUAGUGAUCGUAGUCGCCGUCAGACCACUUCUCUCUACUACGAGGCGCGUCCACCCAACCUCUUCUUCCUGUAUCCUCUACUGGGCCUCUCCUUCUUCCUCCAAGGCAUCUUCAAUCUCAAUCUCGCUUCGACGCAGUCCCUCCAAGGUGGCGAGCCUGUCGCGCUACCGCUCGGCAAAUCCAGCUCGUCCGGUUCGAAGAGCCUGAUCGCAAAAGCACUGCAAGAAAGUUAUCGCGUUUUGCUCAUCAUGCACUACCUGCUCGUCUGUUUCGUCCUCUAUCGGGUUCCGUUACUAGGCAAGCCAGCCUGCUUCAUCUAUAUGGCAGCCAUCGGCGGAUGGUACUGUUUCGAAUUUCAGCUCGUCUCAAAGGGACUCUCGCUCUCCCAGCGAGUCAGAUACCUUGAGGAGAGGGUGCCCUAUUUCGCCGGAUUCGGUACACCGCUUACGGUCAUAUCAUUCUGGCAUAGCAAUGCGAUCGUCAACAUGGCCAUCUUCGCCAUCGCCUUUCCACUCUUCCUCGUCAUGGCCACCCAGGCCGAACCCAGGCCGCUCGAUCCAUCGAAGCCUUUAGCAGACUCGGUGCUACCCCAGCGUGGAGCAGAAGAUCAUGUUGCAGCAGCCGUCAAUGACAAUUCAGCUCACUUACCGCCCAAUGCUACACCCCAUUCCAGCGUACCGAAGAGGAUACCUCUGCUCGUAGGCGCAGUGAUCAUUCACGAUUUUGUAGCAAAACACCUAUGGCCACACAUCGCUCGAAAGAUUGGCAGCAAUUCGUCAGCGACGCACAAAAAGUCUGCUGCUCCCCAGACGAACUGGCAACCUCACUCGUCAAACGGCGGAGCGAGCUAUGCCAAUUCGGCAGCUGCCUGGCGAUCCAACGCGGCGCCGAGAUAUGCCGCUGCGCCUCCGGGCCCCUCUCCGCCGUUGAGGAUGCAGAACGGCACGAGCGACGCCUUCGCGCAGGGUUUUGCGAGUUCGACGGCGGGGAGAGUGGAUAUUGCUGACACGGGCGCUUAUGCUGCCGCUCGACGACGUAAAUGA